AUGGGAGAUGGAGCAACCAUGGCUUCUCAGCUCGAUAAUUUCAGCGAACUGGUAGUUGCGAUGGAGGGUGUUGGGGAUGUUACUAGUCUGCCGAGCAGUCAUGCGAUGAUUGUUGAGAACUCUAAGGAAAUUUCACUUGACGAAGUGGAGGAAAAGCUCUUAAAAGAGCACGAAAAGAUCGAAAAUGCAGGAAAAUUGGAGGAAAGCGCUUUCAAGGUGCGAAUUUGUGGUCGUGGUGGUCGAAAGAAUAAACAAGGUGGCGGUGGUCGCCAAGAUCAGCAUAUUCUACAAGACAUGAGACAAGGUAACCUUGGACAGCUACUAUCAGCUCGAGGUUUCACCGGGCGUUGCCAUGGCUGCACAAAGAUUGAUCAUAAGAAGGUGGACUGUCCACCAAGUGCACGCAGUUGUAAGGAACUGUUUAUGGCAGAUAUGGAUGAAAUAUCAGACUGA